CAACAAAUUCUAUUUUGAAAUUUGACACAACUAUAGGUAAUUUCACUUUCUGCAUUAUCGACUCGUGGUACGAGUUACCGACAAUAUGCUUGAAAUAGUUUGUACAUCACCACGGCGCUAGUAGUACAAGCGCGCACUGGUGGGGACGCUCGAAGUGGUGGGGACACGGGUAUAUAAGCAGGCGCCCGAGACGAGACUGGCACUUCAUGCUCAACUGUGUUACAGAAAUUCAUGUACCAGUAUCUACUGUAUUGACAUAAUGAAGAGAAAACGACAAUUGAGUUUAAAAUCAACAAAUGAAUCUCGUGAAGGACAUUCUACCAGAUUCUUCUACGGUAACUCACAGACACAAAAAUCUGACGAAAAUUUGACAUUUUCUUCAUCGUCAUCAACUCCAAAGACAGAAGAGGCAGAACAUCGAAAAGCAGAGAAGAAAACUUUUCGCUCGAGUGGAAUAUUCAGAUUAAAAUCACCAACUAGAUCUCGCGAAGAAAUGUCUACCAGUUCAAUUGGAAAGACUGAAAAUGUGAAAGCUGGAAUUCCGGAGAAACAAUCUUUUACUUCCAGUGAAAGAUUGAGUUUAAAAUCAACAAAUGAAUCUCGUGAAGGACAUUCUACCAGAUUCUUCUACGGAAACCUACAGACACAAAAAUCUGACGAAAAUUUGACAUUUUCUUCAUCGUCAUCAACUCCAAAGACUGAGCAGGCUGAACCUCGAAAAGCAGAGAAGAAAACUUUUCGCUCGAGUGGAAUAUUCAGAUUAAAAUCACCAACUAGAUCUCGCGAAGAAAUGUCUACCAGUUCAAUUGGAAAGACUGAAAAGCAAAUUUUGUCUUCGAGUAAAGGACCGGAAAAAAAAUUCCAUUUCAUAGUCAAAGAUUAAGUUUGAAAUGUAAGUUUUUAAUAAUUAACCAAGGAAAAAAUGAUUCGUACGAUGAAUCAUUUUCACCUGGGUACAUUUUAAAAAUAUUUUAUUAAAAUAACA